CGCAGGCGCAGACCGGCUGAUGAAGAUGGUGCUCAUCAAGGAAUAUCGCGUGGUGCUGCCCAUUUCUGUCGAAGAGUAUCAAGUGGGCCAGCUCUACUCGGUGGCCGAGGCCAGCAAGAACGAGACGGGAGGCGGCGAGGGCAUCGAGGUGCUGAAGAACGAACCCUACGAGGAGGAUGGCGAGAAGGGGCAGUUCACGCACAAAAUCUACCACUUAAAGAGUAAAGUGCCGGGAUACGUGAGGCUGCUCGCACCGGAGUCGGCGUUUGUCUUUCACGAAAAGGCCUGGAACGCGUACCCGUACUGCCGUACCGUCGUGACGAACGAGUACAUGAAAGAUGACUUUGAGAUCAAGAUCGAGACGUGGCACAAGCCCGACAUGGGAACGGUGGAAAACGUGCACGACCUGGACGAGCAGACGUGGAGAAGCGUGGAGGUGGUUCCCAUAGACAUCGCCAACAAAGAGGAGGUGGCGCCGGGGGACUACAAAGAAGAAGAAGAUCCGUCCCUCUUUCGCUCGGUCAAAACCGGAAGAGGGCCCCUCGGCCCCGAGUGGAAGAACGAGCUGAAGACGGAUUGUCCGUACAUGUGCGCGUACAAGCUGGUCUCCGUCAAGUUCCGGUGGUGGGGCUUUCAAACCAGAGUGGAGAACUUCAUCCACAGGCAAGAAAAGCGCAUCUUCACCAACUUCCACCGCCAGCUCUUCUGCUGGGUGGACAAGUGGGUGGGUCUGACCAUGGAGGACAUCAGGCGCAUGGAGGAGGAGACCCAGCGGGAGCUGGAGGAGAUGCGUCAGAAGGGCGACGUGCGAGGCACCUCGGCGACAGACGAGUAGACGCCGUCCGUCGCUGUAGUCAAAGUCUAGAGGCAGGCCCACUGCGUAAGACCGGUCCGAUUCGAGGCACCAGUGCAGCUCACGAGCAAUGAGCCAAACCACCCCGACCCUGUCUUGACGAUGUCAUCGGAGACACGCCCACCACCGCCGCCGCUGCCGCCACCAGGAGGAAGUGGCCCUGGUUCCCCGCUGCUGUACAGACCCCUCCCCUCCUCGCUCCGCUCCAACAAGAAAACAACAAACUGGUUUUGCAUACACGCAUACAUAUUCUGUACAAACAGAAAGACAAAAGAAAACUCUUUGCACAGACGUAAUUUGCCUGAAAUGUAAAUGACGAACAGGCUCGUUUCCACUCGUACAUGAAACCUUUUCGAUUGACCAUUAGGAGACGAAUGUGCUUUCACCAAAAUCGGGCAGCCCUUGGACCAUUUUUACCAUGAUCUCCCCCGUUGUCGUCGUUCAGCGUCUUUGUCUGUACUUGAACGCGUGUCGGCGGGAGGGAGCCCAUACGGCCGCCGAGCGCUCGCGUGACCGCCGCCGCGUUCAGAACGGCUCGUUACUGAGCCCGGUUUGGAUUCAGCUUCACCCCUCCCCCUCAUUUUAAAAUACAUUUUAAAAAGUCAUUUCAACUCAAAUGAAUUGAUUGCUCUUUAGCUUCUGCUGAAAAGCUGUGCUGAUCUCAAACCCCCAGCCAUGCAACACCGCCAUCUACAGGCAUCUGUUGUUCAUUACAGUGGUUAACAAACUCAAAACAGAAACAAAAAGCCGGCAUCUAGAAAUAAUCCACAGACACGGUUGGAAUGGCCUCGUGCGAAUGCGCCGGAGCGCGUGCGACCACGUUGACGCCGGAUGUUGGUUUUGCUAGCGGGAGACUUUUGAGCUUGCGCUGUUUGUUUAAGUGUACUUUUGGGGCCGCUAGCAUUUUCACAUGUGAUUUUAUACCGUACGGCUAACACAGUUCACGUGAGGCUUGACGGGUUGGGGGUGGGGGGCGGCCGCAGUCUCCUUUCUUUAUUUAUAUCCAUCUUGGAUUUUUUUUUUUUUUACUAGUUUGGACAAAGAUGCUAUUAGUAAAUGAACUUUAAGCUGGAUAUCAAGGAUAAUGGAAUAAACUGUUUGACGGCUUUCAUGCGAUGUCUGCAUUAACAAUGAAACAAUGCAGGGUGUUUUGUCUCCCCUUCCCAACCUGUUGAGACCUCACACGGCAUCACGGCAGAUGACAUGUCAGCAUUUUCUCACCCACUUCUCUCUUGUUUGUCUUUUGAUGUUUUGAUUGAUUUGGUUUCUGUGCAUUUGUUAAAGGGAAAAACUCCUUUGCCAGAUGAGGCUUGACUGCGAGGCGAGGACUAGAAACGGGCAGCUGCCGCCGCCUGCGUGUUUUUGAAGCACUGGCAAAAAAACAAUCUUUUCUGCCAUGUAGUAUUUUUCUGAUUGAUGGAAGGACUGGUCGCAAAGGCAACAUUCAGGGGUAUCAGUAGUGAAUGUACAAUUAUGAGUUCCAUUUUAUUUGGUUACUUUUCACAGUUGCCAAGCUUGUGACUGAAGGUCUAGACAACGGAACACAACAGAAUAUUGAAUAAAUUCCAACCAAUGAGUCUG